UGGACCAGACCAGACCAGGACCAGGGUUUCCGUUGUCCGGUAACUGCCGGACUUUGUCCGAAAGAUAAAGCCAAAGAGAGAAAAAAUAGGAAGGAUAAAGUCCUCACCACUUCACCAGGUCUGAAGCUUCGGAAGAGGAUUCAUACUGAAGAGAAGCCGUACACCUGUGAUCAGUGUGGGCGAACUUUUACCAGAUCAAGUAUUUUAAGGAGUCAUCAGCGUAUCCACACUGGAGAGAAGCCGUACAAAUGUGAUCAGUGUGGGGCAGCUUUUACCCAACAAGGUCAUCUAAGGAGUCAUCAGCGUAUCCACACUGGAGAAAAGCUGUACAAAUGUGAUCAGUGUGGGGCAGCUUUUACCCAACAAGGUCAUCUAAGGAGUCAUCAGCAUAUUCACACUGGAGAUAAGCCUUACAGAUGUGAUCAGUGUGGGGCAGCUUUUACCAAGUCAGGUAAUCUAAGGAGUCAUCAGCAUAUUCACACCGGAUUUAAGGCUUACAGAUGUGAUCAGUGUGGGGCAGCUUUUACCGAACAAGGUCAUCUAAGGCGUCAUCAGCGUAUUCACACUGGGGAUAAGCCUUACAGAUGUGAUCAGUGUGGGGCAGCUUUUAACGAACAAGGUCUUCUAAGGCGUCAUCAGCGUAUUCACACUGGGGAUAAGCCUUACAGAUGUGAUCAGUGUGGGGCAGCUUUUACCAAGUCAGGUAAUCUAAGGAGUCAUCAGCGUAUCCACACUGGAGAAAAGCCAUACAAAUGUGAUCAGUGUGGGGCAGCUUUUACCCAACAAGGUGAUCUAAGGAGUCAUCAGCGUAUUCACACUGGGGAUAAGCCUUACAGAUGUGAUCAGUGUGGGGCAGCUUUUACCAAUUCAGGUCAUCUAAGGAGUCAUCAGCGUAUUCACACUGGAUUUAAGCCUUACAGAUGUGAUCAGUGUGGGGCAGCUUUUACCCAACAAGGUCAUCUAAAGCGUCAUCAGCGUAUUCACACUGGAUUCAAGCCUCACAGAUGUGAUCAGUGUGGGGCAGCUUUUACCAUGUCAGGUCAUCUAAGGAGUCAUCAGCGUAUUCACACUGGAGAGAAGCCUUACAGAUGUGAUCAGUGUGGGGCAGCUUUUACUCAACAAGGUCAUCUAAGGAAUCAUCAGCGUAUUCACACUGGAUUUAAGCCUUACAGAUGUGAUCAGUGUGGGGCAGCUUUUACCCGACAAGGUAGUCUAAGGAGUCAUCAGCGUAUUCACACUAGAUAAAAAAUUAUGUCUGUGAUCAGUGUGGGGCAGCUUUUACUUGGAGAGCUCAGUUAAACCAAUUUAGUACCAAUUUAGACAUGUUAUGUUGUUCUGAAAAAAGAACUGGAGUUUUGUUUUCAGUUUAAACUGAAAAAUGUGUUUAAAUUUGAUAAUUCACCAGUUAUGUUCCAUUGUUCCAUCAUUUAAAUAAAAAAAAGUUUGUUUGCCUGCUUGAUUUCAGCUUCCUGCUCACUGCAAUCUCACA